AUGUGUGACCAGCAGAAGCAGCAGCAAGAGUUUCCUGCAUCUUGCGUGAAAGGUUCAGGAAUAGUGCAAAGUACCCAAUGCACCUCUGUGAAAUGUCCAGCUCCAUGUCAGACAAAAACUGUUUGUGUGACUGGACCCGCUCCAUGCCCAACUCAAACCUAUGUGAAAUGCCCAGCUCCAUGCCAGACAACCUAUGUGAAAUGCCCAGCUCCAUGCCAGACAACCUAUGUGAAAUACCCAGCUCCAUGCCAGACUCAAACUUAUGUGAAGUGCCCAGCUCCUUGCCAGACUCAAACUUAUGUGAAGUGCCCAGCUCCAUGCCAGACAACCUAUGUGAAGUGCCCAGCUCCGUGCCAGACGACCAGUGUGAAAUGCCCAGCUCCAUGCCAGACUCAGAUGUGUUAUGUCCAGCGCCCUUCUCCUUGCCCAACUCAGACCUACUAUGUGCAGAGCUCAGCACCCCAGUGUUGUGUCCCUGAUCUGUGCUCUGCUCCCUGUUCCACCAGCUACUGCUGCCUGGCUCCCCGUACCUUCGGGGUGAGCCCCCUGAGACGCUGGAUCCAACGGCCCCAGGACUGCAACACGGGAUCAUCUGGCUGCUGUGAGGAUUCUGGGUGCUGUAGCUCCGGGUGUUGUGAUUCCGGGUGCUGUGACUCCGGGUGCUGCUGUUUGGGAAUUAUCCCCAUGAGGUCCCGAGGUCCUGCAUGCUGUGACCGUGAGGAUGACUGCUGCUGUUAA